CUCUCGACGCCACCUCAUUCUCAUUCACUUUGCUACCCUUGCCUACGUCUUUUUGUCUUGGCAGAUUCCCGUAACACCUAUCGCUAUCAUGACUUCAGCAGACGUCGAUAGGUCGAAAAAUGCCGAAGCCUCGCCGUCGUUGACGACAUGUACACUGAGAACGCUCAACAGGACGCCUUGAAACACGUACCAUUAUCCGAAACAGGCCUGGUUCUCAACCUUUGUCAGUCUAGACAACAACAGGGUCGCAUAAAAAACCCGAGGCCAUGAAGCCAAGGAUUUUCUCAUGCUCAUGCCUUGCGCUUGACCUCUCAAAUGAGGCUCACAUCCCACAUGACAGCAUCCUUCUGCUGUAACCUUGAGGCUCUGAAAUCGUACGACGAGGCCGAUCGCACGAUCGCCAUCGCGCAUGUCCUGUCAUCCUCUGAAGGGUGCAUCAUCCCAAGAAGCCCGUCAGCUGUAACGGGGCACACAAUUGCACCAAAACAGGAAAGAUCGACAAGCAGCUCAUCCCAACGCGGUCACAUAAGCUCGAAACUUAAUUACCGACAAACGCCAUCCCCCAACAACUCCCCUGGCCGUUAUGCCUCCGAGGAUAUUGAUUUGCGACUAUUUUCGAACACCCCGUUGCCGGCCGCUGUGGAGAUCACUCGAUUUCCGCCUGGGGAGAUCGGAGGCAGGGAGUCUAGACGUCUAGACCCGAAGAUCGCUCUUGAGCCAGCCCGUUUCGUGCUCUCUACCAGGGUCUUUUCUCCCCAGGUACCAACGUCAUGCAGGGAGCUGUGGAAAAAAAAGGUCCAUCCCAUACUACCCGAGAUGAUCUGCACCGCAUUCAUGACAACCACAUGUCACCUCCACCUCAGCUCUCGUGCGAGAUUCCCUCCUGAACAGGUCCUCCGCUCUCUCGAGUGACUCACCUCAGGCUAAACUUAUCCUCACCAAGCGCCAGAGUCCCUCGAAGCCCCACACUCUGACCGAGUCCCUCUAGAGAACCCCACAUUCAAUCCCCCCCCCCCGCCCA